UGUGCCCGUUCUACGAGCGUACGCGAAAGGGAGGAGGUGUAAUCGCGGGAGGGGUGGGCGAAGAGAGCACGGAGCGUGUACGCGCCUGCGCAGUUUCUCCUUUCCCUUCAUUCUAUUCCCCCCUCCCCUUCGCGUCGUUUCGUCCCUGGGGUGUAAAGGGGGAAAAAAAAAGAUGAGGGAUCGAACGCUCGAGCUCCGAGAGAAUGAUGACAGCUCUGACAAUGAAGAAGCGGAGCGUGAAAUGCUGGUUGUGCGGCCUGGAUCAGCAAAAUUCAAGGACGCCCCAGAUCCUACUGAUGAAUUCCUCCAAAUGACGCGUGGUAUCCGAGAGGCACUGAAGACUCUGGAAAGCAAAGUAGUAGAUCUAGAGAAACAUCAGAUCACAAUUUUGGCCACGCCACUUCCUGAAGAUAGCAUGAAGCAGGACCUACAGAAAUUACGUGAGGAGAUCAAGGAGCUGGCAAAGGACAUUCGGGCCCAUCUGAAGAAGAUUGAGCCCAAGAAGAGCGAAGAAGAUGAGAAUCGGAACUCUGUUAAAACCCGCAUGAAAAGGACCCAGCACGGGAUCCUGUCUCAGCAGUUCCUGGAUCUUAUCAAUAAGUGCAACUCGAUUCAAUCAGAGUACCGAGACAAGAACCUGGAACGGAUCAAGCGACAAUUGCAAAUCACUGGCAGUGGGGUGGUGACAGAUGAAGAGCUCGACCAGAUGCUGGAGAGUGGGCAGACAGAGGUGUUUGUCUCCAAUAUCAUGAAGGACACGCAAGUGACGAAGCAGGCGCUGAAUGAAAUUGAGACACGGCACAGUGAGAUACUCAAGCUGGAGCGCAGCAUCCAGGAGCUGCACGAAAUGUUCAUGUACCUGGCCACGGAGGUGGAGUUGCAGGGAGAGAUGAUUAACCGGAUAGAGAAGGCCAUUCUGGACUCUGAGGACUACGUCAAAAAAGGGCAGAUUCACCUCCACACAGCUCAGGAGAAUCAGAAGAAAGCCCGCAAGAAGAAGGUCAUGAUCGUCAUCUGCCUGAGUGUCACGGUGCUCGUCAUCAUCGCCAUCAUCUGCAUAGCAGUUGUGGCUGGCUAGAAGGGUUCCUGGUUCCAUCUCCCUCUUUGUGCUGCGCUGUCGGAGCCCGCUGGAUUUCAGUUUUUGGCUUCGUCUGAGUUCUGGAACUGCUGCUUCCCCCUGCUGGGAGGCCUUUGCACUGAAAAAGGGCUGGUGGAGACGCUUCAUGCCUUCAUCCAGUCGUGAAAGCACAAGCUGCCUGUGGCUGCCACCUUCCCGGCUACCCAAAAUCUAGACUCUCCUGUGUUUUCUUGCAGGAUGAAAUAAUUUCUGGGGGCGGGGUACAAAGUGAAGCCUGUUCUGCAUUGACUCUUGCCUUUCUGGAUUUCACGCAAUUUGUUCCUCCUUUGGUUUGUAACAUUUUGGUCCUAUAUUUGUGUGUUUCACCCACAGUGCAGUUCUUUGUCCCUGACCCAGCCGCUCACAAACUGACACUUCCUCGGUCAGCCAAUUUUGUUGCAGAUUCCCCAUGAGUAUUCCCCUCCCCCUCGAGUUCAGGCAGGGCAUCUUCUUGAGAGUUGACCGAGUUCUCGCCCACCUUCUCAUCUUGAUCAUGGCCACUGUUGCCUUUUUUUGGUGACCUUUUUCUAAUCACUGCCUUGGAGGAAGUGACCAGUCUGCCAUAAUUUCCUUCUCCCUUCCUCCUUCACGCCGUGCCACUUUAGAGCUGUCCUCUCCCCACACAGGAUGGUCUUUGCGUCUUAACAGGGAGCAGGGAGGCUUCGGGUAUUCUGUAAAACCUGGGUUGGGGCGGGGGGCGGGGACUGGAUGUUCCCUUGCCCCCACGGAGCCAAUCCUGUUUGAUGUGCCUAUGACAAGAGAAGCAGAAACCUGAAUCUGCAAUAUCUAGCACUCGACUGCCUUCAUUCAGAGCAUCUUUUGUGGGGGUUUUCUCUUUGAAAGAGGCCUAGACUGUGGGCCUAUAAAGGUCUGUUUGCCUGAAGCAGAGAGUUGUGAGCCAGGACAGUCCAUUGGCUUUCGCUGAGUUUUCUAGCUACUGCUUUCUGUCUUAAAGUCAGGCCAUCCUCAGCACCUCCUGUUUUCCGUCCACGUCCAGCCCCUCCCAUUGGACACCUGUGUCCAUACGCCUCUGUUCCUUGGACUCGCUUGUUUCCAAUGUAGAAUGACUUGAAAGCAAUCACAGUGUCAUGCUGAGAUGGAGUGGGACAUGCCCACGAGUUUUGCAUUCACUUCCUCAGCAAGCCAGGAUGCUUCCUUGGAACUCACUGGCUCAAAAGCACGUCCAAGAGCCCAGGCAGGCCCAAGGUUGGGGCUAGGAGCUGAUGGGUUAUAGCAAAGGAAGAACCGGGCACCCAGGGUUUGUUAAUUGAAUGGAAGCAGAGCCUGCUCGUCCUCAUUUCUGAACAAUUAGAUAUUUUACUACUUGGGAGGUGAAGGGAAAAACCCCCAGUUGAAAUCAAAGUAUUGAGCAAACUGUUCCAGGUACCUUGGAGAAAAGCAGCCUGACUCAGAUUAUUUUGUAAUAUAAAAAUAAAAGUACUUUUUAAAACCUCUCGAA